CCGAGAACUCCAACUUGCCCGUCUCCCACAGUGGAAAGCAGCAGUAGUGAUUGCAGCCAAAUAACCAUGUUCCCCGAUACCUGGUUUUUCCGCUUGUUGUCAUUUUCCCAUUCGCCUUUUCCUGCAUCUCCUAAGCCUAGCCAGCCCCUACGUAGACUUUUCCCCGCAUCUGGGGAAAAGUCGAUAUUAUUCACGGGCCACACACAAUUUCAAGUCCAGAAACGGCUCAUUCCCAGCGUAUUCACAUCACAGGACCGCGACGAUGGUCCGACUUCGGAGAAAAUGAGCAGGUCAAACAUGCUGCUGGAAGUAAUAUUUCUGCAGGCUAGGAACCGAUAUGCAGGAUGCUAUAACGGGAUGUCAGAACGGUCGACUCUUGCAUGGCUUUCUAGAAUCGGCUCUGGUCAGAAAUGAGAGUCCGUGGAUAGUUGCCGGUGCUGCUCAAGGAUUGAGUACUCUGUCCCCAUUUCGUGCCGCUCUUUAAUAUAUCGGGCUUGGUUCGCCUAUUUUGAGAGCCUGGCAGAGCAAUAUCUCAACUCUGGGGUAGGUUGCUCGCAUUCCGUCUUACCCGGAAUCCCGCAAUUUUCAAGUUGAAAAUCCAAGAAAUCAUACAUGAAACGCACUUGAGAGUAUAAAUCUAUAUCCUGCGUGACUACUUUUCCCACGGUUUCUUCAGCCAGCAGACGACCAGCAACUAGUUCUACACUCUUAUUCCAGAGCAACGCGUAUCUCACCUUCGAAAUCUACAACCAUGAAGCUUAUCUACCUAGUCACCACCUUCAUAGUUCUGGCGAUGGCCCUUGACACCCGCCAGACCUCAUCCCGCCCCCGUCGCCCGGCCAGCCGCCCAGCCCAAAUCAGCGACAGCUUCCGCAUGCAGCCCCCGCGCGUCCCAUCGGGCGCCCCUGCCGGCUUCACUGCAAAGCUCGGGGAGCCGACGCGCGAGCGGCCCCGAGCAGGCCUCAGCCGGCUGCCAGACGAGUUCAUUGACGGUCGCCUCAAGCUCCGCCGCGACCGGUACGUGGCCAAGUGGGCGGCGCUGGCCGCGCUGGCCGCGCUUGACAGGCGCCAGGAGCUCAAGGCGCUCGAUUUCUACGAGUGCGAGAACGUGAACCCGGCGCCGGCGUCGCGCGACUGCAACGUCAUCAUCGACCAGGUCUACGCGACCGCCCAGGAACUCCUCCUCACCCGCAAUAGCUGCGUCAUCUUUGACUACCAGACCUGCCGCGGCUUCUUCUGCUCCCUGUGCGGCAGCAUCAGCGCCAGCACCGACUUUAUAGGCAACCAGCUUCUCACCGCUGACACGCUCUGCGUCAGCCAGGGUCGAGCUGGGACAAUCGUGGGGACAGACCCGCCGCAGUGGGAUGCGGGCUUCGUGAGGUCCGGAGCCAGCUUGCCCACGUAUUCCGUGUGUACCUAGUGAUUUCGUCUUCGUUAGAAACGGUUCGUGGUUGGGGCUACGGUAGUGGUGGUGAUGGCUGUGGCUUUGUGCGUGCGUGGGUUGGGGUGAGUGAGUGGACCCAAAGAAGUGCAAUACUCGCUUUGUGGGCAAAUUGAGAAAAGAUGCCAUAUACGGGUGGAGAUAUACUGUUCCUGGUCCAAGGGACCUUUGUAACAUGUACCACACCCUCCGCUUGCACAAUCAAGGGCACAAAAACGCAACUCUUGAUACGUACCGGCUAUAAACGAUCUUGAUUCAGAUGAUGAAGUCUUUAUGGCUCCAUAUAUCCGACCAGAGUCUAGCCUCAUCUAUUCAUACCACAAGACUCUUUUAUUCCUUGGUCGCUCAUUUCUGGCAUGUACCUAAUGCCUGUUCAUCCAUACCGAUGCAAAAAAUAAUCCUCUUUAAGAUACCGAGUCCCAAUCCCUAAUUCGUUUGUUUCCUUUUUCGUCCCUCAAGCCCCUUGGCGACGACAGGGCGUUUGGCCAGAAUAGCGCUGAUUCGUAAGUUUGAAUAAAAGCAGAGCGUAC